AUGGGUAGUAAUCAAUCAGUAUUUGGGGAUAAAAUCACUGACCAAGAUACUCACCAGUUGUAUACCAAAUUUAUGAAGGAAUGUCCAUCAGGUCAACUGAGCUUGCAUGAAUUCAAGACCCUUCUGGGUCUCCGUGAUCUGAAUUCAGAGGCAGAUCAGUAUGUAAAUCAAGUAUUCAAUACCUUUGACUUGAACAAGGAUGGAUUUAUUGACUUCUUGGAAUUUAUAGCUGCAAUAAAUCUGGUCUUACGAGGCAAAAUUGACCAGAAAUUGAAAUGGUAUUUUAAGCUAUAUGAUGCUGAUGGAAAUGGAACUAUUGACAAAAAAGAACUCGUAAGCAUAUUUUCGGCUAUUCAAGCCCUCAAUGGCAACCAAGAAUUGACACCUGAAGAAUUCUCAAACAUGGUAUUCCAGAAGAUAGAUGUAAACAAUGAUGGGGAACUGUCUUUAGAUGAGUUCAUUAAUGGAGUUGAAAGUGAUGAACAACUCCUGGAAAUGAUUUCAAAGAGCUUUGACCUUUCCAAUGUACUGAAAGUUAUACAAAGUGGGAGAAGACACAGCAUCUGAUACUUU